CUCUAUAAUUUCCAUCUCUCUCUCUCUCUCUCCCUCUCUCAUUUCUCUCUCUAAACUACAAUACAUGGGUUCCUCGGGUGGCAGCAGAUUGAACACUUCUCCUCCCACCUUCUCUUUUUCAUCCCAAUUCUCAUCUUUCAGUGACCUCCUUGCUAGUGGAAAUAGUAAUGAAGAUGAUCAGAAAACUACAUUCGGUUGGGGACUUUCCGAUCGAAACGACGUCGAAAUUCCGAAGUUCAAGUCUAUUCCACCUCCCUCACUACCCCUUUCUCCUCCUCCUGUCUCUCCUUCAUCUUUCCUUGCUUUCCCUCCUAAUACUAGUAGUCUAAGCCCCACUAAUUGGCUCUUGGAUUCACCUGCUUUCCUCUCUUCUAAUAUUCUUCCAACACCAACCGCUGGGGCUUUUGCUGGUCUGGACUUCAAGGAUGAGGAAAAGCGCUUUUCUGAUUUCUCUUUCCAACCCCAAACAAGGCCUAAUUCUUCAUCUUCAGCAUCCUUAUUUCAGUCAUCUGCCAAAAUGGAUUCAUCGGAAGAAUCUCUCAAAGGAAAACCAGAAGGAUGGAGUUUCAAUGAAUCAACAAAACAAACAGAAUUCACAACAGAGAGAACCAAAGUGAAACCAGAAUUUGCCCCGAGUCAGAGUUUCUCCCCUGAAAUCACCACAACCCAAACAAACAUGCAUAACAAUGCUGCUGCUCUCCAGUCCAACCAUGUCCAACACACUCAACCAUCAAUGGGUAUUAGAGAGCAAAGAAGAGCAGAAGAUGGAUAUAAUUGGAGAAAAUACGGACAAAAACAAGUGAAAGGAAGCGAAAAUCCGCGCAGCUAUUACAAGUGCACACACCCUAAUUGUCCAACCAAGAAGAAAGUCGAGAGAGCUAUUUCGGAUGGACAUAUAACUGAGAUAGUGUACAAGGGAAGCCACAACCAUCCCAAACCUCAGUCGACUAGAAGAUCAUCUUCACAAUCAAUUCAACCUUCGGCAUAUGCCAGCUCAGAAAUGUCGAAUCAAUCAAAUUCACUACUUGGAAAUGGACAAAUGGAGUCUGUGGCCACACCAGAGAAUUCUUCAGCUUCUUUUGGUGAGGAUGACUUCAAUCAAGGCUCUCCAAUGAGUAAAUCAGGAGAAGACAAUGAAAACGAACCGGAGGCCAAAAGAUGGAAGGGAGAGAAUGAAAAUGAGGCUAUAUCAGCUUCUGGGAGUAGAACCGUCCGAGAACCUAGAAUUGUUGUUCAAACAACAAGUGACAUUGACAUUCUGGAUGAUGGAUAUAGAUGGAGAAAAUAUGGACAAAAAGUAGUCAAGGGCAAUCCGAAUCCAAGGAGCUACUACAAAUGCACGUAUGUGGGUUGUCCGGUGAGGAAGCACGUUGAGCGAGCAUCCCAUGAUGUGAGGGCUGUGAUAACCACUUACGAAGGGAAACACAACCAUGACGUUCCUGCACCACGCGGUAGUGGUGGUUAUGCUGUGAAUAGACCGUCCGGUAAUGGCAACUGCAAUGCGCCCAUGGCCAUUAGGCCAAUGCCAGUAGCCAAUAAUAUGAACCCUACAACAAAUUACUCAAAUCCCCUUCUCAAUACAAGGAUGCCAACAACAAAAGUUCAGGCACCAUACACAUUAGAGAUGCUGCAGAGCCCCGGGAGUUUCGGAUUCUCUGGGUUCGGGAACUCGACAGACUCCCACAUGAACCAAGCACAAUUUACAGAUAAUGGGUUCCCCAAAACCAAGGAGGAACCUAAGGAUGACUUCUUUGACAACUUUCUGUGCUGAGAUUCCUUGGGAGAAGAUUCUGGAAACAAUGAGUUUCAUCAAUGACUUUAGUUUUUGUAGUGUGUAACCGCAUAGGAUUUUGGCUAUGUAAAGGAUAGAUCUCCUAUAAAAGGAGUUGAGAUUCAUUUGUUCAUUUGUUUUGAGGUCCUCUUAAGUUUAGAACACUGGGCCUCUUUUACUUUAUGUUAGUUAUAUCAUGUUCAAUUCUUGCAUUUUCAUAUUGCAGAUAAUAAUUUGUUAAAAAGCCUCUA